AAGUUUUCACUGAAGUAGUUUUUAGACUAAAAAUACCUUCUUUAAAAAGAUUAAAUCUGAAAUGUAGUACAAAUAGGGAGAAUGCAUAUGACAGAAGGAUGUACAAGGAUUAUUUUAGAAGUCUCCCUGUCUGUGCUAAUGCUGCCAUUACUCACAUUAGGACAAAAUGCUGUUAUAAUUUAGUCAUCUAUAGUCCAUCACUGUAGUAAACUUAAUAGUAUCAGGUGUGGAUUAGGCUAUUUAUAAAUAUAUAAUAUAUAUAAUAAAUAUUUAUAAAUCGAACAACUGUCAGGAGGAGGAAGAACACAAGGGCAGAGUGGAAAAGGAUAUGAAAAUGUUACAAAAGAGGAACCCAGUUAUUCCUUGUUAUUUCAAAUUUUUCAAGGGAGCAUAAUAGGAUGCUUUGACCUGAGACUAUCACAGGAACCUGCUGAAACUGGAGUUUGGUUCUGAUUCCUGAACCACGUUCAACUGAUGAACAACCCAGAGGGCUUCGUAACAGACAUUUGUAACAUAAUAUUCAAACAAACCAAACCAGCAAAGACACUGAGGAAAGUAAGGGCUGUUUCUCUGGACUGUAGCAAGACAAAAUGGCGAGUCUAACUUAUCAGCUGUUGUCAGUUACAGUUGUUCUUGGUGCUGUUCAACUCAUCACUGGUUACAGCUUUAAUAACUGCAUUGAGGACCCAUACUCAAAUGGACAAAGUUUCAACUGCAUCCGUCGAAAGGAAAAGAAAAUGUCUGCUUUCAUAAAUGACCUGCCGCUAUCUGUCAUCAAUCUCACCAUCUCCUUAAAUAAUCAUCUGUGGCACAUUCCCAACAAGAGCUUUGUUCAUCUACCAAACCUUCAACACCUCAGAGUAGAUCAUAAUUCCUUGAGGAUCAUCGAUCAAUUCGCUUUCCAAAACUUGCAUCAACUUAAGUCUCUAAAUGUGUCCUUUAACAAGAUAUCGGAGCUCAACCCUUCUCUGUUUAAGGACCUGCACAACCUCACCUUUCUCUCACUGACAAACAAUACUUUAAAGCAGCUCCCCAAGGGCAUUUUCUCCACUGUUCUCAAUCUAGACACUUUAAUCAUGAGGCAAAACUUUCUGGCAAAUUUCUCAGGGAUUGCUGAGUCUGUGUCACAUCUAAUGAAUCUGAGGAUACUAGAUCUUUGCUUUAACAGUUUGACCUCUCUCAGCCACUCAAAUGUGUCACUACCCAAAUCCCUCACUACGUUAUAUAUAUGUAGAAAUAAUCUGUUUACAUUAGGAUGUAAUCAUUCGUUUCUUGGGUUCAUCCAGCUGCUAGAUUUGUCAUACAAUUCUAGGCUCCCUACAAUGGCUUUUCAAGGAGUGGAUUUGAGGCGUAUAAACUACUUGCGCUUGCGUUCAACAAGUGUCAAGGUAGUGGAGUUUUUAAACAUCAGCAACGUCAAUGCAGGUCACGUUGAUUUCUCUGGCACAGGUCUAAAAAAUUCUACCCUGCUCAUGGAGCUAUGCAGAUUGUUAAAGAGAAAGGUGAAAGGGAUUACAAAUUUGCACCUGGGCAAUAAUGGGAUUGAGAAUCUGAAAAACUCCACACUGUACUAUUGUCCAAAAAUCACAGGGGUUUUGGAUCUAUCCCACAACCAACUGAAAAGAAUAAGUUUUAACUUUCUCAAUAGACAGACAUAUAUAAAAAGCUUCAAUGCAGAGCAUAACCAUCUCACCUUGCUCCCAUCCAGUAAAACACGCAAUAUGGUUUAUUUACGAAAUCUGGAGGAGCUGAGCUAUCGUUACAACCGCAUCCUCUCAGUCAACUCUUAUGCUUUCUAUCAUAUACCAAAUAUCAAGAUCCUAAAACUUAACAUAAACACGAUUGCUUUUCUCGAUCGUAAAGCUCUCAAAGGGCUGAAAAGGCUUGAGACACUGCGUUUGGACAAUAACCUCUUAACUGAUUUGUUCAAUAACACUUUUGAAGAUAAUUUCAAUCUGCAAGUCCUUAACCUACGCAACAAUCGCAUUUCUGUCAUUUUUAAUGGGACCUUCCUCAGUCUCAGGAAUCUGACUACACUGGACCUAGGAGGUAAUAAGAUCACUCAUUUUCAGCCUUCUGGUCUUGAUGGACUGAAAAGUCUGUCCAAAUUCUAUCUAGAUGGAAACAACCUCAAACAGAUUGACACUUCCCUCUAUCGUGUAUUUCAAGACACACUAACAGUGCUGGAUUUACAAAGUAAUCAGAUUCGCUUCCUCACUGAAGAUAUCAGUUCACCAUUUAUGAAUCUCAGCAAACUCAGUGAUCUGAAAUUGGAUGGUCAGCGGCCUUAUGGCCUCACUGUUUUACCCCGCACUUUUUUCCGUGGCCUCCACUCACUGAAAUCUCUGUAUCUCACCCACAAUAACAUCUUUCAUCUUACUCCUGAUGUCUUUGAUGAUCUAACAGGCUUACAUUUCCUCACACUGGAUAAUUGCUGUGUUGGGGUGACACAACUACAGCCAGGAAUCUUUAAAAAUCUAAGAAAUUUGACCAAAUUGACUGUAGAAAAUAUGGGCAUUCAGAACUUCUCAAAGGAGGUUUUUGGGAAUCUUACACAGUUACGCACACUGCAGCUCAAUCGCAAUGUGAUGCAGCACAUUCACGUCGAUGCACUAGAAAGUUUACCUAAACUUCACUACCUUGACAUACGUAAUAUUCCUUUAAGCUGCACCUGCAAGAACAGUUUGCUGCAAAACUGGACAGUACAUAACCCAAAUGUCCAGGUGGUCUAUCUCUACAAUCUGCCGUGCCCACACGAUGUAAAACUCAAAUUCUACAACUUUGAUACCAAAGUUUGUUACAUAGAUCUAGGAGUGUACCUGUUCUUUAGCACAGCGGUUGUGGUCUUUCUGUUCACAGUCGCUCCUUUACUUCAUGUCAAACUCUACUGGAAAAUGAAGUACAGCUACUAUGUGUUCCGUUCCUGGUUUAGUGAGCAGUGGCGCAGAUUCAGAGAGGAGGAGGAAAAUUGCAAAUAUGAUGCAUUUAUUUCCUAUAAUUCCUCCGAUGAACAAUGGGUCAUGGACCAGUUAUUGCCCAACCUGGAGGGGAAUGGAUCGUCUUUUAAACUUUGCCUACAUCACAGGGACUUUGAGCUGGGCCGCGAUAUUGUGGACAACAUCGUCUCUGCUGUAUAUAGCAGCCGUAAAACUAUUUGUGUGGUGAGCAGGAAUUUCCUAAGAAGUGAGUGGUGUUCUCUGGAAAUCCAACUGGCCAGCUACCGACUCUUCGAUGAGCACCGGGAUGUUCUCCUGCUCGUGUUUCUGGAGCCAAUCUCUGAGAGGCAGGUGUCGUCCUAUCACCGCAUGAGGAAAGUCAUGUUAAAAAAGACUUAUCUGCAGUGGCCUGGCUCAGAUUGCACUAACCCAACGCAGGCCCAAGACCUGUUUUGGAAUCAGCUACGUAGAGCAAUGAGAACAGGGAGCAGACUUGAAACAGAAACAGAAAAUUACAAAAGUGACAGUUGUGUAACUGAAAGCAAAGAAACUGAACAUUUUGAGACUCACACAUCAGAUGAAAACUAUUACUUGCUACCUUAAAAAGAUUUGACAAUUUUAUUUGUGAUUGUCAAGACAAAUCUCUCAGUAUGUUAAAUUAAUAAUUAAAUUCUGUGCAGUGGGGAGAGGGUCAUGAAAAUAUAGUGUAAAUGUGUAGUGUGAUUGUAGUGUGCACUGUAAGACCAAUAAUAUCAUUUAUACAAGCAUGAAUCAGAAAUGUCAUUUAAUGUCUUGUGCUCAGUUUAAUUUUAUAUUUAGCAAUGCUUGAUAUUGCAUGCCUCUAUUGCACAAUUGUACAAAUGUAUUUUCUUGCAUUUAAAUGUAGCCCACAUACACAACAAAAUAUUCAAUAGCUUUCACAAUAGCACAUUCUUGGCUAAAAUUCUUGGUCUGUAAAGAAUUUCCCAUUAUAGCACCUGUGUUACAGAAGAUAUGUGUUAAUAUACAGUCUGCAUAUUAAAAAAAUGCUCCAAGGAUGCAAACAAUA